AUGGCUUAUGGCUUCCUCCUCCCCUUAUUAUUCUCGUGCACUAUAUUGACAACAAAUAUUCAAGCAUGCAACCAAACUGAACGCAUCUCACUAUUAGCCUUCUCCCUCACGUUAUCUUCUUCUUCCGUAAAUUGGAGUAGUUCUGUUGAUUGUUGUCAUUGGAACGGCAUCACUUGUAAUCAAGAGGGUUGGGUCACCCAUUUGCUCUUACACUCCAAAGGGCUCACAGGAGGUAUGUUUGUCUCAUCACUUGGAAAUCUCACACAUCUCACCCACUUGAACCUUUCCCACAAUUCACUUUAUGGUGCACUUGAAACUAAAUUCUUCUUGUUCUUGAAGCACCUCGAGAUUCUUGAUUUGAGCUAUAACCUACUUUCUGGAGAGAUGCCAUUUUCUUUACCACAAAUAAAUAUUCAAACAAUAGAUUUGUCAAGCAAUCACUUCUACGGUGCGAUUCCAUCUUCUUUCUUCCAACAAGCUUGGAAUUUGACUAGUUUCAAUGUCAGCAACAACACCUUCUCUGGGCAUAUCCCAUCAUCUAUUUGUCUCCGAUCGCCUCCUUCCAUAAAAGUAUUGGAUUUUUCCUCCAAUGAAUUUAGUGGCAAGCUUUCUCGUGGGUUUGGUGGGUGUUCCAAAUUACAAAUUAUUCGUGCCGGUCAUAAUAAUUUGUCGGGAUCACUCCCAGAUGAUAUCUAUAAUGCUACCAAACUUGAGGAACUUGCAUUACCUCUCAAUUCACUAAAUGGAGCCAUUAGAGAAAGAAUCGCCAACCUCACCCACCUCACAAUCCUUGACUUCUACUUUAAUCAUUUGAGUGGUGAGCUCCCUCUUAAUUUCGGGAAGUUGUCCAAGUUGAAAUUCAUGAAUCUUGAUCUCAACAGCUUACAAGGCAAUUUGCCCCCAUCUUUGAUGAAUUGCACAAACCUCGUUGAACUACAUUUGGGAUUCAAUUACUUUGAUGGAGAUCUCACCAUGCUUAAUUUCUCCAAACUCAGCCACCUUAGUAAACUUGACCUAAUAAGGAAUAACUUUAGUGGUUUCUUGCCAAGAAGUCUUUACUCAUGUUGGUCCCUAAAAGCAAUUCGUUUGAGUGAUAAUCCUUAUUUAAAAGGAAAAAUACAACCUGAGAUCCUUUCAUUGAAAUCCUUGUCGUUUCUAUCGCUUCGUAGUGUACAAUUGACCAAUAUCACAGGGGCAAUGAAGAUAUUAAUGCGUUGCAAAAGUCUUCAGACACUAUUCCUUAGAGGUUCAUUUGACCACGAGGCAAUGCCAACUGAUGAUGUCAUGGUUGAUUUUAAUGGAUUCCAGAAGCUUCGUGUCUUGAGUUUGGCUAAUUGUGGGUUCACUGGUCAGAUACCUAGAUGGUUAUCAAACCUAAAGAAUCUAGAGAUGUUGGAUUUGGGUUUUAAUCAAAUCACAGGGUCAAUUCCAAGUUGGUUGGGGACUUUUCCAAAACUCUUUUCUGUGGGUCUGUCAUGCAACCAAAUUUCAGGUGAAGUUCCAAAACAACUUUUUGGAUUACCUAUGCUAAUGAUGAAUGCAUCUCGAGCAGACAAUUAUGAAUUCGAACUUCCCCUCAUUGGUGGCCUAAUAAAAAAUCCAAGUUAUAUGGCGCAUAGAACGUCUAACUUGCAAGGAAUGAUAAACCUAGGGGGCAAUAACAUUAGUGGUAGUAUACCUACUGAGAUCGGCCAAUUAGGGCUUCUUCGUGAGUUGUAUCUCGACGACAACCACUUCUCUGGCAACAUUCCCGACCAAGUAUCUAAUCUAAAAAAUUUAGAGAUUUUGAACCUCUCCAUGAAUCAUUUGUCAGGAAAAAUUCCCUCAUCAAUGACGAGCCUUAAUUUCUUGAAAGAAUUUAAUGUCUCGUACAAUAAUCUCGUAGGACAAAUACCGAUGGGCACACAGCUUCAGAGCUUCAGCACUUCUGCAUUUGAGGGGAACCCUAAACUUUGUGGUGCACCACUUCCAAAUGUGUGCAAAGAAAUUGGUGCAGAUAAUAAGAACAAAGUCAACCAAGAUGCGGACAAUGAAGGCGACGAGCUUCCUUGGAUUUAUAUCUUUGCAACCCUAGGUUUCAUUGUCGGAUUUUGGGGAGUUUGCGGUUAUUUAGUUCUCAAGAAGACAUGA